UUAUUUUCAGAAAUAUAUUACUAUGCAUCCGGAUUUAUCCAGUCAUCUGCAUACAGAGGAAUGUAAUAAACUAAUUAGUGCACUUCAAAAUUGCCAUAAGGAGAAUACUUUUGGUAAAUUUAUGGGAAUGUGUAAUGAUGUUGAUAGAGAAUUAAGAAAGUGUCUGAAAAAAGAACGUCUUGCUAGACGAGCAGCUAACAGAAAUAACCCUAGAAUACAAAAACCAUGCAAGCCUUUAGAAUUUGAGUUAUAACCUACAUGUAUGAACAAAACUGUAUGAGUGAUAACGUGUAUAUUUUUGUGUGUUUUUAAAU